UAUUUUCCCUGUUCCCAGCCUAUUAGCCAUUCUGGGUAAGAAUUAUUUUGUCUAAACUUGUUUCUUUGGAUGGAAGUUAUUUGCCUAUGAAAAACAAGAGACCCAGCUGGAGAUGUGGCUGUGAUGAUGGGGGUGCCAAAUUUUAUUGUAGUGUUCCUCUUCCUUUGUGCCAACAGUUCAGUGCUUUACAGAGAAACAUCAGCAAAAAGCAGGUCUCUGCCUGAAGGAGCUUACAUUCUAAAUUUAGAUAAGAGGGAAGGAAAACAAUGGAGGGGAAGAGAAGGAGCAGCAAGGGUAACAAGGGAUAAAUACAACUUUGACUGUGUUCAGCUCAUUUGCCAAGAAUGAAGAUGCACUUUUGCGGCAUUUAUUUCAAGGGUAUCAGAAAUGGAUCAGACCAGUGAAACAUUCCAAUGACACCAUAAAAGUGUAUUUUGGUUUAAAGAUAUCUCAACUAGUAGAUGUGGAUGAGAAGAAUCAGCUGAUGACAACUAACGUAUGGCUGAAACAGGAAUGGAUUGACCACAAAUUGUGCUGGGAUCCUGAGGACUAUGGAGGGAUCACUGCAAUUCGGGUUCCAUCUGAAUCUCUCUGGCUCCCCGAUAUUGUUUUGUUUGAAAAUGCUGAUGGGCGCUUUGAAGGUUCGUUGAUGACAAAAGCAGUAGUCAAAUACAAUGGGAUAGUAGUCUGGACUUCCCCAGCCAGUUAUAAAAGUUCCUGCAUGAUGGACGUGACCUUCUUCCCAUUUGACAGGCAGAAUUGCUCUAUGAAAUUUGGAUCGUGGACCUAUGAUGGCAGCAUGGUUGACCUAAUUCUAGUAGAUGAAGAUGUGGACAGGACGGAUUUCUUUGAUAAUGGGGAAUGGGAAAUCCUAAAUGCAAAGGGGAUGAAGGGAAACCGAAAAGAUGGAUUGUAUGCCUACCCUUUCAUAACCUAUUCAUUUGUUUUAAGACGUCUGCCAUUAUUUUACACUCUCUUCUUAAUAAUUCCAUGCCUGGGGUUGUCUUUUUUGACUGUGCUUGUUUUUUACUUGCCUUCUGAUGAGGGAGAAAAACUCUCAUUAUCGACUUCCGUUCUAGUCUCCCUUACUGUUUUUCUCUUAGUCAUUGAAGAAAUCAUCCCUUCUUCCUCCAAAGUCAUACCUUUGAUUGGUGAGUACUUGUUGUUCAUCAUGAUUUUUGUAACCCUGUCAAUCAUUGUGACUGUUUUUGUAAUCAACGUACACCAUCGCUCCUCUUCAACCUACCACCCAAUGGCGCCUUGGGUGAAAAGGCUUUUCCUUCAGAAACUCCCCAGGCUUCUCUGCAUGAAAGGACAUGUUGAUCGCUAUUCAUUCUCCGAUCCCAAAGGAACACUGAAAGAAAAGCUGAUGAGAAAACAUAAACAUAAACAAUUCAAAGACGGAGAACAAAUUGUGAUUGCUUUCUUGGAAAAGGCUGCUGAUUCCAUCAAGUAUAUUUCCAGGCAUGUUAAGAAGGAGCACUUCAUCAGACAGGUAGUGCAAGACUGGAAGUUUGUAGCUCAGAUCCUUGACCGCAUCUUCCUAUGGCUAUUUUUGGUGGUGUCCGUGAUGGGCUCUGUUCUUAUAUUUACCCCUGCUUUAAAGAUGUGGUUACACAGUGGUGUAUAGAAAUAAGAACAUAAGGAUCUGCUGAAAGAAGAACACAGGUUGUCAAGAAGACUGAUGGUCAGCUAGCACUCAGUCUGCUCAGAUUCAAAAUGACACUGUCAUUGGCAGCAGCUGCUGAUGAUGAUUGUACUCUCCAUUCAACUUCUACGGCUGAAUCCUAUGCUUGCUUACCUGAGAAUAAGCCCUAUAAACACAGUGGGAUUUACUUCUGAGUAGACAGUGAUAGGAUUGCACUAUUAGCCUUUCAAAUUGUUGCACAAAUGAAGGCAUUCACUUCUGUAUCUAUUUGUAGUCAUCUAUCUGCUAAUAUAGAUACAGUUGCCAAUGGAUGAUACUCCUGUAUGUAUUUGUGCACAUAACUAGACAUAUCUACACCACACAAAUAUAUUGAUUUUGCAUGAGUUUGUUAGGAUCCAUUUUAUUUGGGUCUUGAUAUGGAUUUAAUAUCGGUUUAUUUCCUUAUGAACUGACUUAUGACCUUCCAGUGGCUCAUGAAUAAUAAAAGCCUAUUUCAGCUGGAUCUCAGUUCCCCUCACAUAUCCAUAUGCUUAGUAAUGAAAUGGCCCAUAUAAAGUUGCCAUUGCUGUAUCACAAUCACAUUCUUGUGUUUGAUUCAUAUGCUUAUAGGCCUUGAGACGUAUAUCCCUGCAAAUGUAAAAGUUGUAACCUGAGUGAUUUACUGGUCUUGCUUGUAGUUAUUCCUCCCCCAUUAUCUGUCUCUGUGUUCUCUCUAGCUGCACGGCUUAUCUCAAGGCCGCAUACCUAUGCAAACCCCUAGCUGAAAGGAAACCAAGAUGCACCUUCUUUGUUAUUCUGAAAGCACCCCUUUCCUCCUAUCUAUACUGUUACUUUGUCUAGUAGAAAACCGAAUGUCUGAAGCUUUCUUAUCUGAAGCACCCCAUUUCUAAUGUUUUGAUAUUACCAUGACCAGCAGUUUUUCUUGAACGUAGUGACGCAUAAACCCCCCAGUGUUAUUGUCUUUGGGGAAACUAUAUAACUCUUUGCCCUUUCAAUAAACGGGG